AUGAAUAGUCAAAAAAAUAAUCCUGGAAAUUCUAGGGACGAUGGAGUAAGACCCGACUUAUUUUCAAACGUUUUUACUAUACCUCUUGGGCAAGAAAAUGAAGUUGUCCUUAAUAUUGAAAAAGAUUUUAAUAAUGCCGACGAAGUUUGUAGUUUUUUACAGGAAGAAGGUGCAGAUAUAAAGUACUAUGUUUCAAUAGCAAUGUACUACAAUCUAAAGAAAGGUCAACCAGAAGAAGCGAUAAAAGUAAUUGAAAAAGGUUUAAGAGCUAAUGGAACCAAUGAAAAUAAAUACAAGUCUAACAACAUACUUGGCAGCUUGUAUUUAAAAGUUGCAAAUAAGAUAAAUAGUUUUAUAGACAAAGAUUUAAAAGAUAGAUAUUUAAAUCUUGCUACUGAAAAAUUUAACGAAGCAACACAAUAUUCACAAGGAGAUUCACGUGAUCCAAUGCUUUGGGUAAAUAAAGGUAUGCUUUACUUACAAAAAAAUGAACCAAGUAAUGCAGAAUAUUGUUUUGAAAAUUCAUUAAAAAUCGCACCAAAUUUUAUACCUGCAUUGUUUGGGCAUGCUAGAGUGCAAUACCAUCAUCAGAAAUAUAGUGAAGCACUUAUAACUUAUCAAAAAAUAUUAUCACUUAAUCCAAAUCUUAUAACACCAGAUCCUCGUAUUGGAAUAGGACUUUGUUACAAUAAAUUAAAUAGUUAUAAACAAGCAUUAGCAGCUUUUGACAGGGCACUGGAGGUAAAUCCAAAUAAUAUAUCAGCGCUGGUGUUACUAGCAACAUUUGAACUUGAUAUUGCUAAACAACCCCAACAAAUUGAUGAUGAUGAACGAUUGAGAACUUUUGCACAUUCAAUGGAAAAAGUUAGAAAAUGUUUAGAGAUUGAUCCUUCGCACUCCAGUUCACUAAUCAUAUUGUCGCAUGGAUAUUUCUUUCAACAAGAUUAUGCAAAUCUUUUGGAAGCAGCAAGACGUGCUGAAAGAUUUGCUCCUACAAAACCAAUAUUGGGUGAAGCACAUUAUCUACAAGCUGUUGCUUUUCAUCGAAAUGAGGAAUAUGAUAAAGCCUAUUAUCAUUACCAGCAAACUGUAGAUUUGCUUGAUUAUCAUAUAAUGUCUAGGCUCGGUCUUGCACAAAUGAUGAUACAUUUUAAACAAUAUGAUCAAGCGCAUGAACAACUUGAAAAUCUCAAGAAAAAAAUUUAUAUUAAAAAUUUAGAUUUUAUAACCUUGAUAAUAAUUGUAGGAUUGUUGAGAAUAAAAUCUACUACUGACAGGAAAUUACAAAAGCAAAUAACAGAUGAAAUUGAAUAUAUCUCAAAAUAUUUUAAAGAAGAAGCAUAUGACAAUCCUGAUAUACUCAUAUUUAAAUCAAAAUUACAUGAAAAUAAUAAACGAAUUAAUCAAAGUUUCCAAUCAUUGAACAGAGCUAUUAACCUUUUUAUUGAAAAUAAAAAACCUAUUCCAAUUUCAAUAAUUAUUAGAAAAGGAAAUUUGUUAUUUAAAUUGAGUGCCAAAGAACAAUAUUUACAAGCUUUGGAAGAGUGUAUAAAUCUCCCAGAAUCUGAGCGACAGCCAAAAGAGGUGGCAAUUAAAUUCAACUUGGCUCGUGCAUAUGAAAAUCUUGGAUCAUACAAUGAAGCAGAAGCUUUAUAUCGAGAAUUGACACUGGCGCAUCCUUCAUUCAAGAUGGCAAACAUGCGAUUGGGUGGGGUGUUGGAGAAAACAUUACACAUGUUUCCAGAAAAGGUCAAUCAAUACUAUGAGGAAUUGUCAGAAAUUGAUGAAAAAAAUCUAGAAAUCAAAAAGCUUCAUGCAAGUUUUCUAAUUAGACAAGGUGAUUUGAAAAAAGCAAAAAAAAUACUUGAUUCUAUAUCAUCACACAAAGCCAGCUCAAGCAUUUUGACUUUAUUGGGUAGUCUACAUUUAUCAAAAGCAAGAACUUAUAAACUUGAAUCACAACGAACUGAACGUGAUGCCUAUUAUAAAAAAUCAGUCGAGUAUUUUAAAUCGGCUUUGAAAACUGGCGAAAAAGGAAAAAAUUUGUAUGCAUGUAAUGGGAUUGCUGUUGCAAUGGCUGAAACUGGAAGGAUAAAAGAAGCAAAUGAACUGUUCUAUACUUUGGUCACAGCAAAAAGAACAAAUGCAGACUUUGCAAUUAAUUAUGCACAUACUUGUUGUCAUCUUGGACAAUAUACAGAGGCUAUAAGAUAUUAUGACUAUGCGUUAAAAAAAAGCAAAGAUAGUAAUUCGCAAUGCAUUGAAUGGAUAGCAAGAACAUAUUAUAUUUACGCAAAAGAAAACAAAAGUUUAGAGUUGAUGGAGAAGGCAUUAGAUUGGACUCAAAAAGCAUAUGAAUUAGAUCCAACAAAUAAACUAGUGCAACACAAUAUUGCCUUAUUAGAACAGGGUAUGGCACAAUUCUUAUUAGAAAAAAUUGCAAAUUCGUCACAAAAAUCUGAAGAUAUCAGAAGAGCUAUUGAACGUGCUGAAAGAGCAAACACUGUAUUUGAGUCGUUGCUUACAGAAGAAAAUAGACAUUUACCAAUUGAACAUGAACGUGUUAGGAAUCGUACAAACUUUGGUGCUUCGACGAUCAUUUCAUUGAGUAAAAAACUUAUUGAAGCAGUUGAUAGAGAAAUGACAGAGAAAGAGUCACUCGAGGAGCAAGAAAAAAUGAAAAUUGAAAUGCAAAGAUUAGAAGAGGAGAAAAAGGUUGAAGAAGAACGUAUCAGAAGGGAAGAAAUGGAAAUAAAGAGAAAAGAAGCAGAGGAAAAAAAUAAACAAAUGCAACAAUAUAUUGAACUGCAAAAAAGAUCUCUCGAAUUAGAAGAACGCAAAUACGAAGAAGAACUGAGAUUAGCAAUAGAACGUUCACUCGAAGAAACAAAAAGUCCUAAACCAUCAACUACUCCAGAAAUUCCAAAAAGAGUUAAGGCACUAUAUGAUUUUGUACCUAAUGAAGGUGGCGAACUUGGUUUCGUACGCGGUGAUGUUAUCAAAGUUCUUGACAGUAUCUAUAAAGAAUGGUGGCGUGGUGAAUUACGUGGAAAGACUGGUAUUUUUCCAGUAAAUUACGUUGAAGUCAUAAAUGAGCCAACUGUUGCAGAUAUUACAAAAGAAGCUGAAAUGGAAUUAGCGGUAUUUGAGCAGGCUCAAAAAAUAGACAAAUUACUGGAAAAAUUGGAAAAGAUUGAUCCAUCGAAAGAUGCGGCGGAAGACGAAGAAAUUCAGGAAUUAUAUCAAUCAACAUUACCUAUUCGAUCAAAAUUGGUCAAACUUAUUGAGAAAUAUAGUCAGAAGAAAGUAUCAUAUCCACAGUAUCCAACCAAAAGUGGUAUAAUUGAACAGCCAACUUAUUCUACACCAAGAAGAGAUACAUUACCUCUUCCUCAAAUACCUGUGUAUCAACAAUCCAAUUCUAACGAAAUAAGUCAACUCCCACCACAACCACAACCAAUAAAAUCUGAUCUCAAUAUCACUUCUCAACAAAUUCCACAGCAAACUCAUUAUAAAUUAGCAGGCUCAACUCCAGGCUCAGAAGCAGGCUCAAGAGCAAGCUCAACUCCAGGCUCAACAGCAGGCUCAACUCCAGGCUCAACAGCAGGCUCAACUCCAGGCUCAACAGCAGGCUCAACAGCAGGCUCAACUCCAGGCUCAACUGCAAGCUCAAGAGCAAGCUCAACAGCAGGCUCAACUCCAGGCUCAACUGCAAGCUCAAGAGCAAGCUCAGCAGCAGGCUCAACUGCAAGCUCAGCAGCAAGCUCAACUGCAGGCUCAAAUCCAGGCUCAGCAGCAAGCUCAACUGCAGGCUCAACAGCAGGCUCAACAACAAGCUCAAUUGCAGGCUCAAAAGCAGGCUCAAGAGCAAGAUCUUACAGCUGCUCUUAA